AAUCUUGAAUUUAAACUUUGUAAAUUUAGUUAGUAAAUAUUAUAAAAUUAUGUUUCUAGGAUUAAAAAAAAAAAAUCUAUGAAUAACCUAUAAGCAUAUACCAUUUAUGAGUGUAUGCGUGUGUUGACGACAAUCGGAAAUGGAAGAAAUACAACACAAGCACAUAGAAGUCGGAGGGCUGAAGCUUCACGUUGCCGACAUCGGAACUGGUUCUUCGGUUGUGGUGUUCCUUCACGGGUUUCCUGAGAUAUGGUACACCUGGCGCCACCAGAUGCUCGCCGUUGCCGCCGCCGGAUUCCGUGCGAUCGCACCUGAUUACAGAGGCUACGGACUCUCCGAUCAGCCUCUCCACCCCGACAAGACUUCCUUCGCCGACCUCGUCUCCGAUCUCCUUGCCAUUCUCGAUUUCCUUGGCAUCAUUAAGGUUUUUCUUGUUGGGAAAGAUUUUGGAGGUCGACUGGUUUACCUGUUUGCCCUUCUCCACCCAGAAAGGGUCUUAGGAGUAGUAACCUUGGGGGCGCCAUAUUCACCGCAAGGCUUCACUAAAUUUGGUAAACACCUUCCUGAAGGCUUCUACAUUUCAAGAUGGCAGGAACCCAGGCGAGCCGAGGCUGAUUUUGGUCGCCUUGAUGCCAAAACAAUUGUGCGGAAUAUCUACAUCCUCUUCUCCAAAAGUGAGAUACCAAUAGCUGCAGAAAACCAGGAGAUCAUGGAUUUGGUUGACCCAUCAGCUCCUCUUCCCCCGUGGUUCACGGAGGAAGACCUUGCAACCUAUGGAGCUUUGUACAAGAAAUCUGGUUUCCAAACUGCAUUGCAAGUCCCAUACAGGACAAUUGGAGAACAGUUCAACAUAGCAGACCCUAUAGUUAAAGUUCCAGUGCUGCUGAUCAUGGGGACUGGAGAUUAUGCCUUCAAAUUUCCAGGGAGGGAGGACUACAUAAAGAGCGGAAAGGUGAAAGAGUUUGUCCCUGAUCUCGAGAUCACUUUCUUGCCCGAAGGAACCCAUUUUGUUCAUGAGCAAUUCCCUAAUCAGGUGAAUGAGCUAAUUCUCACAUUCCUCAAAAACCAUGUCUGAUCGUGAAUGCUUUUCAUGGAGUAUAGUUUAUCUGCCAGUGAUGCCUAGAAAUGGUUAACGUUGUACAAGUGCUUGAAAAUUUGAAAUAAAUUCCCAGUAUGGUUUUGGGAUUAUUUGUCUAUCUUGAAAAACUUGUGUUGCGUAUUAGCUGUGUUUCAAAAUCUCUAAUGGAGCCUAGCAGCCCUUAUGGUUAAUGGAUUCCAUUGCUAAAGGAUUUUUUAUAAUGUCAUUUGUGUUUC